GUUCAAACGAGUAAACUUCUUUGUACAGCAUUUGUUCUCAUUUAUUGUGAUGUAUGUGUCCGUUAAAAUACUCUACUUGUUUUCUCUUUUUUUCAGGAAAAUCCCUGUGGCAAUUAGUUUUAGAACAAUUCGAUGAUCUUCUAGUCAAGAUUUUAUUAUUAGCCGCUAUUAUUUCUUUCGUACUCGCUUUAUUUGAAGAGAACGACGGAUCAAUCACAGCCUUCGUAGAACCUUUUGUAAUUUUACUUAUCCUUAUCGCAAACGCUGUAGUAGGAGUAUGGCAGGAAAGAAACGCCGAAUCAGCCAUCGAAGCCCUGAAAGAGUACGAGCCGGAGAUGGGCAAGGUCAUCCGGCAGGACAAAUCGGGCGUCCAGAAGGUCAGGGCGCGAGACAUCGUCCCCGGAGACCUGGUCGAGGUGUCGGUCGGCGACAAAAUCCCGGCUGACAUCCGAUUGACGAAGAUCUACUCGACGACGCUGCGUAUCGAUCAGUCCAUCCUAACCGGCGAAUCGGUCUCCGUGAUCAAGCACACGGACCCCGUACCGGACCCGAGGGCUGUCAACCAGGACAAGAAGAACAUCCUGUUCUCCGGUACCAAUGUAGCUGCCGGUAAGGCCAGGGGUAUCGUCAUGGGUACCGGCCUUAACACUGCUAUCGGUAAAAUCCGUACGGAAAUGUCCGAGACCGAAGAAAUCAAGACGCCCCUGCAACAGAAACUGGACGAAUUCGGCGAACAGCUGUCCAAGGUGAUCUCGAUCAUCUGCGUGGCCGUGUGGGCCAUCAACAUCGGCCAUUUCAACGACCCGGCGCACGGCGGAUCAUGGAUCAAGGGUGCCGUGUACUAUUUCAAGAUCGCUGUCGCGUUGGCCGUGGCCGCCAUCCCCGAAGGUCUGCCGGCUGUCAUCACCACGUGCCUGGCCUUGGGUACGAGGAGGAUGGCCAAGAAGAACGCCAUCGUCAGAUCGUUGCCGUCCGUCGAGACCUUAGGUUGUACAUCCGUCAUCUGCUCUGAUAAGACUGGAACACUGACCACCAACCAGAUGUCCGUAUCGCGCAUGUUCGUAUUUGAAAAAGUUGAAGGCAAUGACAGCAGCUUCCAUGAAUUCGAAAUCACUGGCUCCACCUAUGAACCUGUCGGCGACGUAUUCUUGAAAGGACAGAAGGUGAAGUGCGGCGAGUUUGAGGCGCUCCAAGAGUUGGGCACGAUCUGCAUCAUGUGCAACGACUCGGCCAUCGACUACAACGAGUUCAAACAAUGUUUCGAAAAGGUCGGUGAAGCUACCGAGACCGCUCUGAUCGUCCUCGCCGAGAAGAUGAACCCUUUCAACGUUGCCAAGGUUGGAGAUCGACGACAGGUCGCCAUCUGCGUCAGGCAGGACGUCGAGAGCAAAUGGAAGAAGGAAUUCACCCUGGAAUUCUCCAGAGACAGGAAAUCGAUGUCUUCGUACUGCGUGCCUCUGAAACCGUCCAGGCUGGGAAACGGACCGAAACUGUUCGUCAAGGGCGCCCCAGAAGGUGUUUUGGAUAGAUGCACUCACGCUCGCGUCGGCAGCCAGAAGGUACCGUUGACCAGCACAUUGAAGAAGCGCAUCGUCGAACUGACCGCCCAGUACGGUUGCGGUAGGGACACGCUGCGUUGUCUCGCCCUUGCGACGGCUGACAACCCCCUGAAACCGGAAGAGAUGGACCUGGGAGACUCGACCAAGUUCUACACAUACGAAGUGAACCUGACGUUCGUCGGUGUCGUCGGUAUGUUGGAUCCCCCGCGUAAGGAGGUCAAGGAUGCCAUUCAGAUGUGCCGUAAAGCUGGUAUCAGGGUCAUCGUCAUCACUGGUGAUAACAAGGCUACAGCUGAGGCUAUUUGCAGGCGAAUUGGUGUAUUCGAGGAGGAUGAAGACUCAACCGGCAAGUCCUACUCUGGACGCGAAUUCGACGAUUUGCCUACAUCAGAACAAAAAGCCGCCUGCGCUAGAGCCAGGCUGUUCUCCCGAGUGGAACCCGCUCAUAAAUCCAAGAUCGUUGAAUACUUGCAGAGCAUGAAUGAAAUUUCUGCUAUGACUGGUGAUGGUGUGAAUGACGCUCCCGCUCUAAAGAAGGCCGAAAUCGGUAUCGCGAUGGGUUCAGGUACUGCUGUAGCCAAAUCCGCCGCCGAAAUGGUACUCGCCGACGAUAACUUCUCUACGAUCGUAUCUGCCGUAGAGGAAGGCCGCGCCAUCUACAACAACAUGAAACAGUUCAUCCGGUACCUCAUCUCGUCCAACAUCGGCGAAGUCGUGUCCAUUUUCCUUACAGCUGCUCUAGGUAAGUUCAUUUUUUAGCGUACAAAAUUUCGUAUCGUCUUAACGUGUCAUUUCCUUUGCAGGUCUUCCCGAGGCUCUGAUCCCCGUCCAGCUGUUGUGGGUGAACCUGGUAACUGACGGUCUGCCCGCGACCGCUCUCGGCUUCAACCCGCCCGACUUGGACAUCAUGAAGAAGCCCCCGCGUAAGGCCGACGAAGGUCUGAUUUCCGGCUGGUUGUUCUUCAGGUACAUGGCGAUCGGCGGAUACGUAGGCGCUGCCACCGUAGGUGCUGCCGCGUGGUGGUUCAUGUACUCGCCGUACGGACCGCACAUGAGCUACUACCAAGUGACGCACCACUUGCAGUGCAGCCCCACCAACCCAGACUUCAAAGGUAUCGACUGCAAGACCUUCAGCGACCCUCACCCAAUGACGAUGGCUCUCUCUGUGCUCGUAACCAUUGAAAUGUUGAACGCAAUGAACAGCUUAUCUGAAAAUCAAUCUCUCAUUGCGAUGCCCCCAUGGUCCAACUGGUGGUUGAUUGGUUCAAUGGCCCUUUCAUUCACUCUGCACUUCGUCAUUCUUUACAUUGAUGUCUUAUCUGUUAUAUUCCAAGUGUGUCCGUUGACGGUAGAAGAGUGGAUGACAGUAAUGAAAUUCUCAAUUCCAGUAGUAUUACUAGAUGAAACGUUGAAAUUCGUCGCCAGGAAGAUCGCAGACGGUGAGAAUAUGCUCUACUCCGUACACGGAAUCGUGUUGAUGUGGGCUGUGUUCUUUGGCUUUCUGAAAGUGUGCCCGACGUUCUAAACGGAAACACACACCCACUGCCUCAUAGAUCGAGGACAGUCCGUUAUGCUGAAAACAAUAUAUUACAUACGAAAAACAAAACAACAGACAUAAUACAAGCGAGAGUCUAAUCGUCAAACACAGUUGGUUUUAUGAUACGUUUUGUAGCCAAUCACGACGCGGAGAAUUAUUUGACGUUUGGCGCUUAGUUGAGAAUUCCUCCUUAUUUGACUUGACAGUUUGAACUGUGAACUAUUAGGUAUGUUUGCCUCUCUAAGUCGAUUCUUUUCGCAAGUGGUUCCUCAGGUUGACAUAAACAUGACAUAAUAAUGACGUAAUUAAAUGACGUUUUCGCGACUUGCAAAAAAAUGCGUCAGUUCUCAACAUUUUUUUAUAACAGUAAAUACUUCUUAUUGUUGCUCCAUAUUUCCAAUUCACUUCAAAUACAGAACCAGGUCUUAAUAUCAUAAAUAAAUAAAAUAAUAUACUACUCAAAAAAAUUGAGGGAGCAAGAGAAAAAUCCAAAUUUUCGGUGAUUUUUGAGAGGCUGUAUUUCGGUGAAAAAUGGUCGUAUCUAGAUUUUGAAAAAACAUUUUGAAGCUUCAAGAUUCGUGUUUUUAGAUUUUUUAGCAGACAAAAUGCAGGAGCAAUGGUUUUCAUGCGAUUUUCACAGAUAGCGCAAAAAUUUUUUUUUGCAAAAUUUUUGACUUCUUUUUAGUCUGAGAGCUUGAACUUUUUUUUUAUUCAGCUUCAAUAUCAUAUUUUUAAAAUCUCGAUACGAACCGAAAGCUGAAAAAAACUUUUUUCAGUUACUUCUUUUAAAUUGAAGAUGUUGUCCAAUAGUGACAAAAAAAAAGAUUUUUCCAUUUUCAACCAUAUUACAUGAUGUUUUGAAAACAAAUUUUGCUCCUUUGAUUUCGUUCGAAUUUUGACCAAAACAUUAACCUUUUCAUUAGCAGUUCCAAAAAUGCGGUAAAUUCUCCAAAAAAAUGCAAAAAACUAGCUUUUUUGACUUUUUAAAAAUCAAUACUGAGUAAAAAAAAAUUGCUCAAAGAUUGUUUCCAGAUUUUAUUAGAAAUUUAUUCAGGUUUUCGGAAGUACCCUUACGUUCUCACUGGUUACCGAGAUAGCAAGUCAGUCAAAAAUUUUAAAAUUACGCGAGAUUCGUUUCUCCUAAAAUUUUUCGACCAAAAAACCUGAAAACUGGAAUCUUAAAGCUUCAAAAUUCUUUUUUUAAAGUCUGGAUACGCCCAUUUUUCACCGAAAUACAACCAGUCAAAAAUCAUCGAAAAAUUUGUAUUUUUUCUUGCUAUGUUAAUUUUUUUGGGUGGUAUAUUAGAACCACCGCCAAAAGGAUUUGCUUUUUUUCAUUUGAAACGAAAAUUACCUACAAAACUUGGAAGUAUCAUGGUACAACUAACUUGUGUUACACGAAUUCACGUUGGAACUUUGUUACUUUUAACCAAGUACCUUUUUACAAAUAUUGUGUUUUCAGCCUUGCUAGUGCGUAAACGGGUGCUACCUUUAAAUUGACGAGUGUUACUAUGUUGUAGAAUAUAUUGAAAUAUAUAUAUUGAUGUCUGGUAUGUAUGGUCUGGGUUCGAGUAUGAAGUGCCUUUUUUGGUUUUCGGAUUAGGUCGCGUGUCAAUUGUUUACCAAAGCCGUUUGACAAAGAAGCAGAAAUUACGCAAGAGGGUACUAGAAAAGAAAUCUGCCUAGCCGUGAGACAAAAGACGUACGAUUUUUUUGAUGUUAUAAAAACAUGUUUUCUCUUUACCACCAAAUGUCAACUCAUUGAAGAUUUUCCUUCAGUAGUCAAUUCAAAUUUUGAACUAUGCUUGUACGUUUUAAUUGUUUUUCUUGUGGCUAGGUAGAUUUUUUUCUAGCAUUCCUCGUAAUAAUUAAAAUCAUACUGUCAUGGAUAAACUGCAAGAAGUGCAAUGCAAGUAUUUAAAAACUUGUACAUUGAUGGCAACGCCUGAAUUUGAUUUGGUCACCAUCUUUUCUACUUUCGGCAUCAUUGCUCGGUUUAUUAUGUAUUCUGUUCGUAUUUGACCGAUUUUAGUGGCUCAUGCGUACCUCGAAAUGACAUGAAAGACAUAAGAGCAAUAAAUGAAUUGUAGUUCAUUUUACUGGCUUUUGAUAGUAUAUUUGGUUUAUGUAACAAACCAGAGUAUUUUACUUGCUAUAAUUCUUGCAGUAACUCUCGUGUCAAAUGGCUUAGCAAAGUGUAUUAAUCUUUUAUUCGUAGUCGUAGCAGUUGACCAAAUUUUGAAGUAUACGUGGUGAUUUUUUGAUUCAAGUAUUUCAAAGCAUUCCGUAUUUCAAAUUACAAUUAUCCGCAAACUUUUUUUUGAAAAUAUACCCAGAAUAUAAAGCAUAAAUUAAGUAUUUAGUUCGAUGAAGUAUUUCCAAAUUUGCGGCACAUUCAUCCUGUCAAUAUUUAUCUCAACUAAUCGCGGACUCAUGAAGACUUGAACGUAUCUUACGAUGACUUUACUGUAUAGAAAGCCUCUUCAGCAUAAAUAUUUUUAUUGCAUGAUAUUGGCAAUAUCCUGCAACAUCUUAAUCUGACGUAUACAGUGAAACAACAAAGGUCCUAAAAUACUACCCUGUGGUACACCUCCGGUUAUACUACGAAACUGAGAUACGUGACCGUUGUGCACUGGGAUUUAAGUAUUAGCUGCUGUUGUCGGCCAAUGUAUUGCAGUAAAAACAUUACCCGUUUAGAAGCUCCUUAAGAAUAUAGAGAUGCUAUACAGUUUGUCAUACUCAGAAAUUCAGUAGACGCGCUGGUACUGAUUACCGAAAUCAUCCUACCGAGACCUGAUUUUUCUUGUAUUUUUUAAACUAUUAGGAUAUAGUCAUCAAACUGCUGAGUGCCGCUAUUUGGAUACGACUAUCGAUCAUACGGACAACAUAAAAAUAUCAGAGCUAAUAAAAACCACUUUGACGGUACAAAUCGUAUGACGUUUACAAGGUUUGCCCAUUAAAAUAGCGAAUAUAGAAGACCUAGCGAUGUGUAGUAUAUCUCUUAGCAUGUUUUAAACGGAAUACGAACUUUGACCGAACGCUAGUGAGACGUUAGUAAAUAGUUGGUAAAUUUAUUCCGCCAAAGUUCGUCAUUCCUUCGGAAUUAGAUAGCAAAUCGUAUCGCCGGAUAACGUAAAGGCAAGUUAUGUGUGUCGUGAAGAUUUGACUAACCUUUAUCGGAUGCCUUUGUGCCUCACCUGGCGGCGUUCAAGUGAAACAACUGGAUCGGUAAAGCUACCGAGUUGCACCACGCUGCCUCGUAAGCACACACCACGAUACCACCGUGUAUACGAUUUUUCGGAUGAGCGCGUCUGGAACAGCGAGUAUGAUAGUAAACUUGAGCGAUAGGAAAAAUGUGCGCCAGCGGGCUUCGAACCCGCAUCUCUUCCAUUCCGUGGAACCGACCCUACCGCACCAUCUGCCAACUAACCUUCAGGAUCGACUGUUAGGGACAAAUUCAAUAUUACCUUUUGACAUAUGUGAAGGGGCACCUGAAUCUACGACAAAUAUAUUUUUCCUUGUAAUUGAAUUUAAUCAAUGUGAGCGUUCAACAAAAUAGCUGUUCUAGUUCCUUCCCUCCUAGGUAUAAUGGCAGCUGUGAUAGGGGUUUUUAAACAGUCUGGAAAUCCUUUAGGCAAGUCAGUGACAGGACUAUCAAAAUUUUCGUCAGAAUAUUAUUUAGUGCACUUGCAUACCUCUUCUGGGAAACACGCUGCAAUCCUGGACAUGGUUAUUGUCUGUGUAGUCAAUUUAGUCCCAGAAUCCUCAAUUGCUUUAACUCCAGGAUAGUAGCUCUACCUCUAGUUCUACUCUUCUCAUUUUCUGUCAGAAAAGCAACCUUUUCUUGAUUCCUUUUUACGAAAAAAGCCAUCUGCAUCAAGAUUUGUUUUUUUACAAUUUGUAAAAUGUCCAGUUUCACCGCAAAAGUACUGCUUAUUUUUACUUGAUUUUACAGGAAUUGUUGUUUUGAAUGCUACUGCAUCCUCAGUUUUUUAGUCUGUAUGCAAGAUUUUCAAGAGACAAAAUUUCUGAAAAAUUCUGUGCAUUUUUUUGUACAUUUCUGCUGAUGUUUCACAACUCAUCACAUGCAUCAGAAUCUUUUUAUCGACUGUAGUGAUUAUGUAUUUCUGAGGUUUUGCAUUUUUCCCCAACGUCGUGUCCUCUGCAGUUACCGAUAGGUCAAGGAUUUUUAUACCAUUUACGAUCUCCAACAGUCCUUGGGAUUUGUUAACGAUAUUCAUCUGAAGCCUCCACAAUUCAAAGCCUUCACUGUCUUAUCAGUUUUUCAAUAUUUGGAGUUUUGGGCGUAUAACCCGUUCUUACUGUCAAUAUUGUUUUUACAAGAAAAACUGCUGCUCUUCUUCAGUGAUAACAACUGAUCUCUCUGUCCAUCAUUCAAAGUUUUCACACCCCCAAUACUCGAAGUUACAGUAUUAUUUUUUAUUUUGUGAUUAUGCUCAACACUCUCAAGCUGUCUUGGUGGCCCAUCUGGCGGCGUUCAAGUGAAACAAACGAGACGGUGGUACUGUGGUGUGUGCUCACGAGACGGCGUGCUGUUACCUCACGAGUCCUGUCUGUUUCGCUUGAACGCCGCCAGAUGGCGCACAAAUUCAGCUUAAGAGAACAACGAAGCUGCACCAAAUCCCGGCGCUCAUUUUUCCUAUUUCUUUGCGGAUGCACUCGUCCUAAAAAGCGUAUGCCACCUGUACGGGAGUUUCAAGCGCAACAAGACUGACAGGCUUACGACCAGCAAAAGGUUAGCAGAACGCUAUUAGACAAGUUGAAGUUUAAGUAGAAUAACAGCAUGUUCUUGAAUGGGCGCAAUCUUGAAUUUGAUGAAGUUUUCACAAUAUAUACACUUUCGAAAUUUUACAGUUUCAAUAGCACUUGAGUAGUUUUGUAUGAUUACGUGUACAUAUAUUAAAGAUUUUUGGAUGUAUUUAUUUGCUACAAAAUGUGAUGUCUUCGUGGUUUUUGAGACGGUGAUAUUUUCAAGUAGAACUAUUGAUUCGUCCAUAUUUGGUAGAUUUUUGUAAUGGUAAUUUUCACUAAUAGCUUCUACAUACAUAUACUGUGAUUAAAGUGAACACUAUAGUAAAAAUGGACUGAUAAAAUGAACACUGAGGAUAGAAAUAGGCCGUUUACUUUUAAUUGUACAUUCUCAAUAAAAAUGCUUUUAUUUCAGUUUUUCCAAAUGAUUCAAAAGAGAUUUGAAAAAAUAUUUUAAUUCUUCCUCAUUACUGGAGGACUUUUCUUUCAGUGAAUUUAUAAAAAAAAUGUCCCUAGCAAAUGUAUUCCUGAAAUGCUUGUCAAAAAUAAUAACGCACAAAUAUUCAGCGUUUGUGAUAGCAUCGUGAAAUCUUAUAGUUCCUAGAUUUCCAAGUAACCAACUCUCGAGUAUCUGUUGAAGAACUUGUAGUAUUUAUCAUCAGAUGUGCCAAUGAAAGGUGUAUGUUAACUAUUCUUUGCAGAUUCAAGGAAUUGUUCAGCAGCGAGCAUUAUACAUACAUAUUUUUUAACUUUUAAAGAAUCUCCUUCAAAAUCAAAAGUUGUUCAUUGUCCGGUGUUCAUUUUAUCCACGGUUUGUAUUCUACCAAUAAUAGUACUUAACAAUAAACUCGAAUUCAAAAUUGCGCCAUUUUUAUAGUCCUAAUCUAUUCCUGAAUAACUUUCGAGUAGGUGUUUAGUGGUUAAAGAUUCAUGUUUGCUCAAUAAUGGAAGUCUAUUACACUUUGAUGAGUCUAAUAGAUAUAUGGAUGUUUAAAUAUUUCACACAUUUACAAUUAAAAUAACAAAAGUAAUUUGCCGUAAAACAGUACCGAAAACGUAAAAAAGGAAAUUGGAAAAAAACACUCGCUAUUCAUCUGUUAAUUCCAAGCCCAAGUCACUGUCAAAAAUGUUGUUUGGAAAGACUGCUGUUUUAUUGAAAAACAACAUAAAACACAGCGAUUUCUCAAUGAUAUGGGAUCCCAAAAAAAAUUUCGGUUAUUAAGCAAAAUUGAAGAGGUAUUAACUUUUUAUAUUUGCGUUUCUGAAGUAACUACAGGUUUUGAUACCUGAAGCAAGAUUAACAAAAUACCUGAAGAAUGGAUUUUUAACCACUACAAAUUGAGUAGAUGAUUGAAUACGGAAGUAUAAAGUGAAACAUGUAAUAUAGUUUGAUUCUAUUACUUUUGUUAGAUUGUGCGACGGUACAAUAAUAUGUUGAUAUUUUGACAAAACGGUGAAAAGGUGUAACUUAUUUAUAGUUAGGUAGCUAUAUAGGGCGAUCCAAACCCAUUUAGUUUGAGGAAGUACCUGAGAAACUUGUAUUUAAUUUCAAGGUACAUUGAACUGCUUGUCAUGUGGAAUCUUCUUUUAGCACCUAUUUACUUCAUACAAUAUUUUGCCCUUUUGUGGCAUUUAGGAGGCUCUAUAAACAGACAAGGGGUUUUGCUUUACGAAUUUGAAGAAAUGAAGCGUUCAACUAAGAGAUAUUUCCAUUGAUCGAUUUAAAGUUGGAAUUCAUUUUCUAUUUCACUCUCGUAUCCGCUCGUUAGAUUUAUUAUAAAAUGGGCUUGGACGCCCUUGUAAGUUUUUUUAUAUUUGUUGUAGUGUACAGAUAAUAUGAUCAUAUAGUACUCGAGUUUUGUCAUAUUGAUAAGUUUUUUUAAUUCAGUUCCAAGGUCAUGAUGCAUUUAGUAUUCGAAUUUACCAUAUAUAGUAAUAUAUUUGUGUGCGAUUUGAUAACAAUUUUUGAACGACACGUUCGAAAACAGGGGUCUUUUUUCAACUCUGUUUUAUGAUCUGUAGUUGAAAUUGUACAUAUUUACAUUUAAUUGGGAAGUGUUAUCCUGAAAAAAAUCAAUAAAGUUUUAAAAUGUUUUUGUUGGAUUUAUACGCCUACUAAUGUUUAUAAUGACAAUUUUUCUGUAUAAUUAUUAUUUACCGUUUUUAUUAUAAAAACCAAGUACAGAAAAUUUGGCCAUUAUUCGCUUAAUCCUAAGUAGCGCUGAACAAGCUAACCAUGCUUAAAAGUACAAAGAAAAUGCAAACGUACGCAUUUGUACUUAAUUUUAUUGGCAGCUCCCAAUCAGUGAUUCAAACGGUUCAAGCUUUUUCGUUGGCGGUUGGAGUCUCAAAACAAUGAACAUAAUAUGACCAACACGUGAUUAGUUUCAAUCACACUUUAUUUUGUAUGAAUUUCAUGUUUUUUUUUUAAAUAGUAACUCUAUUUAUUGUAUAUGUUUGUGUAGUUUAAAAG